AUGCCGUCACAACAAGCAUUAGCCCCCGCACAGCGGCGCAUAUUUGAAAAAAUGGGAAACGAAAUUGAGAGCCGUGAGUACACCAAAGCGCUACGCUCAGCGGACGCAAUUCUCAGCAUGGCACCUGAACAUGUUGAUACUCUUGCUAUGAAGGGUGUAUCAAUGUUUAAUCUGGACCGUAAAGAGGAGGGCUAUGAUACCAUUAAAAAAGCUAUUGCGCUUAAUCCGAGUUCCACAAUGGCAUGGCACUCUCUAGGAGUGUGUCAGCGUAGUGAUAGAAACUACCACGAAACUCUGAAAGCAUUCAAGCGUACACUAACAACUGAUCCGAACAAUUUCAACGUUAUGCGGGAUAUCUCAUCAAUUUGCAUUCAACUACGGGAUUGGGAGCAAUUUUUGGAGAUUCGUGAGAGAAUGCUAACGCUCAAGGCAGGAAAUCGUGCCAAUUGGAUCGCGCUUUCCUGUGGCCACCGUAUCCUUGGCAAUUACAAGCUCGCUGCCGCUAUGAUGGAUGUAAUGGCUUCAAUCAUGAGUUGCGGCGAUCAUCCGGUCGAGGUAAGUGAAGUGCAACUUUAUCGAGUGGAGCUAGAACUUGAGAGUGGUGAACCGCAAAAAGCGCUGGAGUUGCUGAAGCGGCACGAUGCAGAAAUAAAGGACACUGUUACUAAGCUAUUGUUGCGUGCCAAGUCACAUGCUCAGCUUGGUCAGAAGGUGGAAGCGACAAAGCGCUACAUGGAACUCAUAUCCAUGGGUUUCCACGAGGCUGACUGCAUCGCUUCUAUUGCGCAGCUGCGAAAAAUACCAUUGGAUGCUUAUCUUCGCCCCAAGCGAGAUGUGGACAGGUACAUGGAGCUGAUGGAACAGGUACUUGAAGUUACUAAUCAUAAAAGCAACAAUUACGCAAGCCGUCACCUUCUAGACUGUGUACCGUUGGAUCAGCUCAAGGAGCGUCUCAUCACAUUCGCCAAGCCCUACAUAAUACGCAUGAUUCCCUCUGUUGUCAGCGUUCUCAAGUCUCUGUACCGAGAUGAAGAGCGUGUCAAUGUAGUUGGCGAGGUCUUUAAACAGUGGGAGCAGGAGCUCCUUUCGGACGAUUUUUCUAGCUUUGGUAACGAAAAAAAACCUUGCUACAUUCUUUGGGUGAAGAUGUUUCUUGCAUCUCACCAUCGUCGGACGGGGGACUACGCCACCGCACACAUUUACAUUGAUGAAGCGAUUGCCCACACACCCACACUUGAAUUAUUGUACCUUGAGAAGAGCAAAAUUUACGCGCGCGAGGGUAAGACGUCGGAAAUGGCACAGUCUGCUGACUUUUGCCGGAAACUGGAUCUACAAGACAAGUAUCUUAACAGUAAGGCUGCCAAAUACUUUCUUCGCGACAAUCAAAUUGAAAAAGCUGAGGAAACGAUUCAGCUAUUCUACAAAGAAUCGGUCGUGUCAGGCGACACCUAUCUUACUGCGCUGGAAUCACAAUGCGCCUGGUAUGGACACGAGAUGGGCGAGGCCUUUUACCGCCGCGGUGACUAUAUCUCAGCCCUCCAAAACCUCCUUCUAUUUGAAUUACACCACUACAACAAUCACUGUGAGUUGACCGAUUUCCAUGCGUAUGUAUUUCGACGCUGCACGAUGCGGCCAUGGUUCAACGUCAUUGAUUGUGAUGAUAACAUGGGUAAGAACAAGUUCCUCCUGAAACAAUGCCCAGCCAUUGUGCGCUGUUACAUGAAAGUGGACGAAUUGGGGGAAGAGACGGUGCGCGCCGCGCAUAUACCGCGUCCGGAGUUGGUGCUAGACGGGGUCGGCACUGAGGAUGCCAAACGUCUCAGGCAGCUGCGAAAGGAUUAUUAUAUAACCGAUAUCGAUCUCACAGAUCCGAUGGCAAAAGCUGAGCGUUACCUAACCUACCUCCUCGACAACUGCGCGUAUCUCGAGAGCGUUCACACGCUGGCUGUAGAAUACUACACCAGGAGGAAGAAUUCUUGUGUGGUGGCACGUGAAUUGCUAUGCCUGAAGCGACUUGGGCACCAAGGAUUGGAAACGCUAGUGGAGGAAUUUACACGGGGAAUAUACGCGGAGCAAAUGAAUGACAUGGACAUCCGCGUCCGUGAUGUUGUUGACACACUUUUGCAGUAUAUAACCAAAUCCGACUAG